AACAAUAUUGGAAUAAAAUCGCAAAAAUUAUGCAAACAAAAGAUUAUAACAGGCAUUAAAUGUUCAACCAAAUUUCGAGCAAUGAAAAGGACAUAUAAAGUUAUCUUAGAUCAUAAUAAAAAAAGCGAAAAUAACCGCAAGGAAUGGGAAUAUUUUGAGAUUAUGCAAGAAUUAUUCAGCGAUAAACCCUGGAUAAAACCUUUAUCACUGGCAGGGUCACACUUACAAUUAGAUGAAGAAGAAAAAGAAAAUAUAUCUCAAGAAAAAAUUUCAGAUACUUUUAGUUCAAGGACUAAAAGAAAGAAAAAUUUUAAUAUGGAAGAAUAUGUAUUACAAAGUAAGGAAAAAUGGAAGAAAAAAAGAGAAAUUCGAUCAAAAGAACACGAAGAGAAAAUGCUUUCCUUUAAACGAAUCGAAAAUUUAAUGGAAAGAUUACUAGAAAAAGAAAAUUAAGAGUUAUAAAAACACAUUUUCGAUUUUGUUAUUGAAGAGUACAUAAGAAGUUAAAACAUUUUAUGUGAUACAUGCCAAAGUAUUAAUAUUAACGCAAAGAUUUUUUCUAAUAAAAAGUAAAAGUUACGUUUUUUAUUUAAUAAAGUUACUUUUAUGAAGUUACAAUUUAUGAAAAAAGAAAUAAUAUAUAUUUAUUUUUUUAAGUUUAGCUACAGAUUAUAUGUUGAUAAUUUACAGAAUAAUAGUAGUUUAUAAGUUUCAAUACAAAUAUGUUAUGUAUUUCUGAUAUUUAAUUAACAUGUUUAAUUAAAGUAUAUUUUUCACACUUUUGUUUACUGUGAUAAAUAUUUUAGUUUUGUUUAUUAUAAUUAAUACUAUUAUAAAAAUAUCUUGUAGUUAUAAGCAUUUCAUAAUAGCUGUAAUAUAUAUAAGGAAAGAAAUAAAAGAAUAAUUGAAAA